GCUGUGAGAGCCUUGAAUCAAUGGCCUUCGAUAUAUUCUCGCCUAACUCCUGUCAAUUCUUGCUGCUCCCAGGUGUUCAAACGCUUUGUCGAGAUUGGCAGAGUUGCUUUCAUUUCCUUCGGGCCACAUGCAGGCAAGCUGGUGGCCAUUGUGGAUGUUAUUGACCAAAACAGGGCACUAGUUGAUGGCCCCUGCAGUGGUGUCAGAAGGCAGGCUAUGCCCUUCAAGUGCAUGCAGCUGACUGACUUUGUUCUCAAGUUCCCACACAGUGCUCGUCAGAAGUGUGUGCGACUUGCCUGGGAGAAGGAAAAUAUAAAUGAAAAAUGGGCAGCGACAAGAUGGGCAAAGAAGAUUGAAGCCCGAGAAAAGAAAGCAAAAAUGACUGACUUUGAUCGCUACAAGGUUAUGAAAGCGAAGAAAAUGAGAAACAGGAUCAUCAAACAUGAAAUGAAGAAGCUCCAGAAGUUGUCUUCUAAAAAAGGCAAGAAGCCAGAGAAGUCAGAGAAGCCAGAGAAGGUGCAGAAGUCAGAGAAGGUGCAGAAGGCACAGAAGGCGCAGAAAUAA